ACCUUUCUAUCAUCGGGGCCGCCGCGCGAACCCGUCACCGCACAGCAGCCAUGGCUUCCCAGCCGCCGCCGGCGCCGCCGUCCACUCCCACCUCGAUAACCGCUCUCGGCGACGACCUCGUCCGCCAGAUCUUCCUCCGCCUCCCUGCCCUCCCGAGCCUCGUCCGUGCCGCCUUCGCCUGCCGGACCUUCCUCCGCGCCGUCCGCUCGUCCCCGGCCUUCCGCCGCAGCUUCCGCGCGCUCCACGCGCCGCCCCUCCUCGCGCUCUUCCUCGACCCCAACUACGAGGUGCUCCCGGCCUCCCCCUGCCCCUGGCGCCGCUCCGACCCGGACCUCGUCGCCGCCGAUUUCUUCAACACCCGGGUCCCGCGCCACGGCGACGCCCGCGCCCCCGGCUGGGAGAUCAGUUCCAAGUCUCCUAGCGGCGACGGCUACUUGUGGCUCGUCAGCUGGGGCGGCAGCGCCGAGCGGAGCCGGGCUGCCGCCUACAACCCGCUGACGCAGGCUCUGGAUCUCAACAUCUAUCGGCCGGGGUUACGCUACAUCGACAUCGACCUUGGGUUCUAUACUAUCCCCUCCGCAUAUCGUCAGGGGCCGUCCCGUGUGGUGUGUAUCUCUCACCACCGCCAAUGGCGGGAGCGUGUCGCUGUCUUCUCGUCGGACACCAUGGAGUGGCAAAUUCUCCCAGCUAGUACGCUGCUGGGGCUGCGUGAAUCUCUCACGGCCGAGAUUGGCACGAUGACGCAUGGACUCAUCUGGUGGCAAAACUGGAUGUAUGACCAAAUUGUGGUGCUCGACACGGCGACUUUUCAGUUCUCUCUAAUUGAUGUGCCGAAGCAAUUGGAGACAGAGUGUGAUGAAUCAACAUAUAAGCUUGGCGAGACCAAAGAUGAGAAGCUCUGCAUCGUGGAUAUAAAGGAUGGCGCACUUCUUUCUUGGUUCCUGACAUCCGACGAUGACAUUGCCGUCAGGAGGUGGAUAAUGUACAAGGAGUUCCCAUUGAACCCGAUUGUUAAGGAGUUCACCGGGUUCUCGAUGGAGGAAGAGGGUUGUAAUGCCAGGGUGGAGCUUGUGGAGGUCAUCGAUGGCUUUGUAUACCUGUCUAUUUUCUAUGUCAAGGACACACAGUCUCGUGAGUUGUACCUAUCAUUAUGCCUGGAAACAUCGGAAAUGAGCGAGCUCUUUCAUGAUGCAUAUCGUGAUAAUGUGGAGGUCCAUCCUUAUGUUAUGGCAUGGUCUCCCUCUUUGUUGCCAAGCAAGGAGGAUUCAGAAACUGAAGUUACUGGAGACAGUGUUGCAGAUGAUGGUCCCGUGGGCACAGAAGAAACUUCCUCUAUCCUUGUCACUGCACUGCAGUCACUCAGCCAAACUCUGAUGGAUGGCAGUGACAGUAACAAAGAAUUAGUGGUGGAGUUAGAUGACUUCUUGCUUGACAGUACUAAUGAAACAGCGAUGGAGUUAGCUGCCUUUUUGCGUCCUACUGAGGAUGACAAGGACUCUCUUAUGAGCAAAAUCAUUACUUUGGAUGCACAAUUGAUGACCGCAAGAGACCGUAUCUUGAGGAUAAGUGUGUGACUCUGAGAUUGACACACCAAGUACAGAAAGAGAAACCUGAUGAUGAAUUGAUGAUAAGUUUACAGGGGGCAGAUGUCAAGAGCUUGCUACCACUUCUUUGCCGGUUGAAGUAUUGUAAGUGAUCAUGGUGUGUAUGUGUGUAUAUGCGUUUAAUCUGAUGAUACAAUCUUUUGUUGAAAUGCCUUGGUGCUUCAGGUUUUUGGAUGAUGUGAAGGGAGUGUAUGUGUGUGUAUUGUAUACUAGUGGCAGACUUAAUAUUGUAUUAUUGGCUCAAGCUCCGCCGCUGGAUACAACACUAAGUUAUACAUAUCUUACAGGGUCAUGGUUCAUGUUUACUUCGAGAUCUGUGUGCAAAUAUGACUAGCUCUGAAUUGGCGCAAGCUCAUUGUACCUUCUAUUCCUCAAACCACUCAGUCUUGAUAUGGAAUGGACAUUCAAACCUUCCUACACAUUUCUACAUUAUGGGCCUGGAUGGCUUCUGAGCGGUUGAAUGGUGUGCCACUUAUAUACUCCCUCCGCUCGGAAUUACUUGUCUCGGAAAUGGAUGUAUCUAGACGUAUUUUAGUUCUAGAUACAUCCAUUUUCGCGACAAGUAAUUCCGAACGGAGGGAGUUAAGCUAUGAUGGUUUGGUCAGACCACUGCAUCCUGAUGACAAUUACUCAAUUAUGUCAACUGAACUUGCAUGCCACAUUCAUCAUGCCAGGUUGCCUAAUACUCCCUCCGUUCCCAAAUAUUUGUCUUUCUAGAGAUUUCAACAAGUGACUACAUACGGAACAAAA